AUGCCUCCUCCUUCUCCUCCGCCACACUUUCAAGGUCGUGCAGCUCCAAUCCAACCGCCUCACCAGCCCACAGCACUUUCGUCAAAUCAAACACCUUUUGCGCCACGUAAUCCUCCACCGGGCUCGUCAUCGCAUCGGAGCGGAAGUAGCAUGCCAAUAGCCUCAAUGCUUGGGUCGGACGCCGACAGGCCGUCUCGGGAACCAAAUACCUCUUCUUUAUUCUCCCGGCCGCAGAUACCUCCCAUGUCUCCGGCCCCAACGAAUCCUUCAACCUCGGGGAAAAUGUCACCGCCACCGUCACGGCCUCGACAGCCUUCAGACUUUCCGCAGUUUGGGAGAUCUCAUACCCCGGAUCGAAGCAUCUUUUCAAGGCCGACCUCUCGUUCGUAUCGUUCGGACUCCACGUCAGCGGCACCCCCCGUCACCCAACCUCCCAUUGAAGAUGGUCGUCUUAGCAGCUUACCGCGUCCUCCCCCCGCGCCGUAUGGAGACAGGCAAAUGCCACAAUCCCCACGUAGUGUUUACAUGGAACCAUCAUACCCUUCAGCGGACCGACGCAUGAGUCUCGGCACACCGAUACAACGACCCAGCAGUCAGCCCCAACACCUACCCCAGCCCGAAGAACCCUCGACUCGGACGUCACUGUUUACCCAAAUCAGUCGAUCGACACCCGGGUUUGGGGACAAGGGAACUGAUGCUCAACGAACUGGAACGGGGUAUUCUGUAGUUGAAAGUUCGCAUGCGCCAUCGAGGCUCGGCGGAUUGUCCUCCGAACCACACAAUCGAGAACCAGUUCGCCGUGAGCACGGUCAAGAACCUAAACACCCACAGCAGCCGCAUAUCCGCUAUGGACCACACCAUUCAGAUAGGGAUGAGAGACAGUCGCGGACGGCUUGGGAAUCGAAUUUGCCCCGUUUAUCCCCUGAACCCAGCCGCUAUGCUCCAGGGGAACCAGGUGGAAAUUUUGGCUUUGGAGGAUUACACACAUACAAUAAACCUGUUGGGUCACAGGCUGGCAUUACUCGCACCAUUCCAGGACCUCAAUUACAACCAAGACAGGAGGCACCCCCUUCACAAGAGUCUUCUCCGUCUACAGCUCGAAGAUUCCCUAAUCCUCCUCGGAUGUAUUCACCUGCUCCUACCCCAAGGCCACCAUCAUUUAGCACGCCUGGAAUGGAAGAUCAUCACCCGUCUCGCACGAGCGUUGACGAGCCUCUACACCACAGAACAAUCUUAAACUUGAAUGUGGACAAUAAACGCGGGAGGGUAUCUCCUUUGCCCCAGGCUGUACAAGGCGCCCAGGCUCAAUUGAUUGGGCCAGCGGGAGAGCCGGGGAUUCAAAGCGAGCUAGGGAGAGUAUUUUCCGGCAUUGGUAGCGGGGUUAGCGUAUCGGGCAGUGGUCCGCCCACGCCAUUAGGUGCAGCGGCCUUCAAGAAAGACAUCACUGGUCGUACAUUGAACCCUGACCAUAAUGAAAGCAUUGGAACGGGGGCUAAAUCGUCACGAUCAAACUCCCGCCGAAGACGUAAGAUAAAGGAUGAAGAGGCAAAGGAGGAAGCUGAAGCUAUCCAGCGCGAAACAUUUUUAGCACGUGGUGGUGGUGCGGCGAGAAGAGCCAGGCAUGUGCAUCACCACCAUCAUCAUAGUCAUCACCAUCAUCACCACCGACAUAAGCCUGACGAUGAUACCGCAAAUCUAGCCGCUCCGCCAAAUGGCUCGUUGCCGCCAAAUGCCAUUGACAGACCUAUUCCCUCACUUACUCCGGCAUCACAUCACCAUCAUCACCAUCAUCAUCACCAUCACCACGUUCCACGAUCUGGUGUUCCUACUCCCUACCAAGCAUCGGGUCCAACAAAAGAAUACAGCACCGUUGUUAAAUUGGACUCGAUCCUAAAAAGUGUUGAACACUUGCCUCGGUACCAUCUUGGCUCUACACUCUACGCGCCUCGCAUUAGUGUCCCGUCUCCGAGCGCACCACCUGAAGCAGCAAAAUUUGGCUACUCGACUACUCCCGUUCCUAUUCCACGGUUCGAUGGCAAAGAAAAUUGUACGUUUACAAUACGUGUGCCUCGGUUUCGGAUUGACGGUCCGCGACGGGAAGAGAUCUGUGCGAGAAGAGCGCUCUGGGGCACCGGGGUGUACACUGAUGACUCUGACCCUGUAGCGGCAGCAAUUCAUUCGGGGUUUAUUCGCGGCGAAUGGGGUGAAGACGUGGAUAUCUCAAUGCUGGAUCUUGAGAUCAAGGAACAGCACCAACACGCCCCACGCACAGCAAAUGGUGAUACUGAUUCUACCCCGAAGAAUGUGGCGAGCGAUAAGACCGGAUCUGAAUCAGAAAAGCAGAAGGCAGCACGGAGAGUGCCCCCCGUCCCGCCGCCAGAUAAGGAUCUUCACAUCACCCUUGUUAUCUUGCCGCCUCUCGAGCAGUACGAGUCCAGCGUCAUGUUUGGCUUGAAGUCGCGCGCUUGGGGCAACAAUCAUGACGGGAUGAGCUUCAAAGUGGAAAAGAUAGAAUGGGUGGACGAAGGGGCUUCUAAAGGCCAGGAACGGGGCGGCGAAGCGCGUCGUAAGAGGUUGAAAGGCAUGAUGCAUUCCGGACGGAUCUGCACUGCUGGCGGAUUAAAGGGAAGGGGAGGAGUUGAACUUUUGAAGAAAAAAACCAGGCCUGGGAGCGAGAAGGUAGCAGCUGUCUCACCGGGGAACGAAGAGUCUAAUACAGCUCCGAAAGUAGUUGAGCUGGCAUCUUGA